UGUUAUGAAAAUUCAGUUCGCGACACCUCAACUCAACUACACCUUGAAAGUCCCUGUUUUGUUUCGUAAACAGGCAAGUAAGAAAAUAAAUUUAGAUUUGAGCAAAGAUUAGCAGCAAAAUGCAGAGUUUUGCUAGAUCACUGUUCCAUAGUGGACGCCAUCUCCUUAAAAGUUCAUAUCCCAAAAGAAAUCCAAGUGCACUGUUGAAUACAUCUUCAGUUUUUGCAAGUGACAAAUUAUUUGUUCAUAGAGACAGUGAUCAGAAUAAUCCUGAUAUCCCAUUUGAAUUUACUCCAGAAAAUAAAAAACGUGCUGAAUCCAUUAUAACUAUUUAUCCAGAAGGCCACGAAUCUGCUGCUGUUAUACCUUUACUAGACUUGGCUCAAAGACAGUAUGGAUGGCUGCCUUUAUCUGCUAUGAAUUAUGUAGCUGACUAUCUCAAGAUGCCUCGUAUGAGAGUUUAUGAAGUCGCUACUUUCUAUACUAUGUUCAAUCGAGAACCAACUGGUAAAUACCAUGUGCAAGUUUGCACAACCACACCUUGCAUGCUUCGAGGAGCAGAAGAGGUUGUUGAGCGAUGCAAAAAGAAUCUGGGUAUUAAAGUUGGGGAAAUGACCAAGGAUGGCAUGUUUACUUUGAGUGAAGUUGAAUGUCUUGGUGCUUGUGUAAAUGCACCUAUGCUUCAAAUUAAUGAUAAUUAUUAUGAAGAUUUGUCUUUAGAUGAUGUGGAUGAAAUCUUGAAUGAUUUGAAAGCUGGAAGAAUACCGAAGGCAGGUCCUCGAAGUGGAAGACUAGCUUGUGAACCUGCUAGCGGUUUGACAUCUCUUACUGAACCUCCUCCAGGUCCUGGAGUUGGAGUUAGAUCAGAUUUGUAACAUUUUCUUGACAUUUAAAAAAGUUGUGUAUUUAAAUUUAUUUAUAUUAGAUAUAAAACAGUAAAGUAUAAAAUAGUAGGCUUUGACUUAAUAAUUGUUGAUUAAUUGUAAUAGAAAGAUAUUUAAACUUGUAUACUUUAUCAGGUAUACUUAUUACUUCUUCUAGUUACAAGUUUUGUUUAUUUUCUGUUUAUCAGUAAUUAAAAUUAUAAGAAAUUUAUAUUUCAUUAUUAUUUCAAAUAUCUAUGAUAGUUUUCAUAUUUAUUGUGAAUUUCAAAAAUAAGCAUU